GUCGGUGGAGAGCGCGAGGCAGGGAUGAUGGCGUCUCUGGCGGCUUGAUUCCGGUGCUGCUCUGACAAAAAAAAAAAAAAACGCCUUAAUAGCAUCAAUAGAGGGGGGGCGAGGAGGGUGAAAGCAACGGGAACAUGACGAAACGGCACAGCGGAGGACGGACAAACUAGGCUGAGCGACGGACGGACAGUCAGUCAGUCAGUCGCCUCCCCCCCCCCCCCACUCCUCCUCCUCCUCCUCCUCCUCCUCGGCUUGACUGACACACACAGGCGCUUGGCACAGACAGGGACAUACAUGCACAUCAUCCACUUUUUGGAAACACGCAGGCUGCGCAUCCGACCGGGCAGUAAUUGGGCAGCGGAGAUCCACAUCAGAUGAGGGCAUUUCAUGUCAAGGCUGCCCAGGAAUCACUGUGACCCCGACGGAAAGGAGUUCGACUUGACAGGAUGGGGGGAGUAAGUGAAGGAGAUGAUGUGUUGGCUCGAUGGAGUGAUGGACUACUGUACCUCGGAAAUGUGAAAAGAGUAGAUGGAGUCAAGCAAUGUUGUCUGGUGAGAUUUGAGGACAACUCCGAGUUCUGGGUGCUGAGAAAGGACAUUCACUCGUUCGCUGCUGGAGUGGAAGAAGUUUGCUGUAUUUGUGACGCCCCGCCUCUUAAAGAACCCCUCAUAAAUUGUCUUAAGUGUCGCCACGGUUAUCAUCCAGAGUGCCACACGCCAACCAUCGAACCGGAAGCCGACAGCGAUUCCUGGAUAUGUCGGCAAUGUGUCUUUGCCGUCUCAACCAAGAGAGGAGGGGCCCUGAAACGGGGACGCUUCGCCCGGCUCAUGCAGUUCAUGAAACUCCGGCUCCCCUACCAGCUGUCGUCGUUAGACUGGGACCCGCAGCAUCUGACCAAUCAGCAGCAGUGUUACUGCUACUGUGCCGGCCCUGGAGAGUGGAAUCUGAAGAUGCUGCAGUGUGGAAGCUGCGGUCAGUGGUUCCAUGAGGCCUGCACACAGUGUCUAACCAAGCCAUUACUCUAUGGAGACAGGUUUUAUCAGUUCCAGUGCUCAGUAUGUACAAAGGGACCAGAGACCAUCCAAAGACUACCCAUGACCUGGGUGGAUCUGGCUCAUUUAGUCCUCUACCAUCUCUCGCUCUGCUGCAAGAGGAAGUACUUUGAUUUUGACCAUGAAAUCCUGUCCUUCACCAAUGAGAAUUGGGAGUCGUUGCUCCUAGGCGCGCUCUCUGACACGCCAAGGCAAGACCGCUGUCACAAUCUCCUCAACGCGCUGAACUCGCACAAGGACAGGUUUGUGUCUGGAAAGGAGAUCAAGAAGAAGAAGUGUCUUUUCGGGCUUCAGGUCCGAGCCCCGCCUCCGCUGACGACUGAUUCGUCGCCCCUCAUCACCGACCCACCUAUCAGCAUCACGCACCGGAGAAGGUCAGACCCGUUGUCACUGGCCUGCCAGAGGAGAGUAGGGGGGCCGGAGUCACGUAAAUCAAAGCGCCGCAUCAUAGAGACACAGCCUUGUCCACCCCCAGUCGAUGCCAACCCUAUUGAGCUGCUGCCAUGUUGCCAUGGCUACAUGGGAGGGGCCAGCCUUUACAACUCCAGGAAGUCAGAGGAGGAGCUUGGUUUGAGCUCUCCUCCCAAGCGGAUGUACGCCCUGUACCACACCUCGUAUAACGGAAACACAGCCCUCUCCCGGAGUCUCCAUCACUACAACAGCGUGGAGGACUCCUGCAGAAUACCACCUCCUUGCUUCCCGUACCCACUUAACUCCAACGGCAACCAUCACCAUCACCACCACCACCAACUCCACCAUAAUCACCAACACAACCAUCAACACAACCAUCAACACCAACACCAACACCAGACGGGGCAGAAGCAGCUGGAGCCGGUCAUCCUGCGAGAUCUGCCUCCUUACCAGGCCGGCAUGGGCGGAGGGGGAGGUGGAGGUGGAGGUGGAGGUGGGGGUGGGGGAGGUGGUGGUGGAGGUGGAGGUGGAGGUGGUGGAGGAGGUGGAGGUGGGGGUGUUGGGGUAGGAGGAUCUGAAGGGACAGUGACCCGCAGCUGGGGAGGAGGGGAGGCAGUGCGGAUUUUGGCCAGACGUGUCACACCUGGCGGGAAGGUGCAGUACCUGGUGGAGUGGGAGAAUGUGAGUUUGUACUGAAACAGACUGAGUCGACAUGAGACGCUAUGACUGUUUUUCCACAGGAAUUCUGUGUUUGUAAAAUGUGGAGGCGUUUAAAAGGUACACAUGGGACAAAAAGGGUGGGGGGGGGGGGGAAUCUGUACACGUUGCAAAUCCAGGUCGCUCUCAAAGUUUCACCUCUACUGAACAUCACUAUAGCUCACUACUUGUUACUAAAUGUCCCUCUUUGCUAGUGUUUCUCUGGUAUUUGUACUGUUAACUUUGGAAUAUGCCUUUUGCAUUUAUCAUGUUUUACAGUGAUGAGGGAAGACAUGUAAACCCCCGGAUCAUUUCUUGAUAACUCGCCCACAUCAAGAAGAAAAGGUUUUUAUGGUACAGUAAUGAAAGCAACAGUAUAGUUUAAGAAAUUACAAAAAAAAGCAUUUCUCUUUUUGUUUGAGCUUUUUUGCCUUUAUUCAAUAGGACGGCUGAAAAGAGACAGGAAAUGUUGGGAGGAGAGGUCCCAACAGGUCAGAGGUCAGAUCUGAACCCAUGGCUGCUUCGACGAGGUCUAUAGCCUCCAUACAUGGGGGGUGCGACAUAACCGCUAGGCCAUCUGGCACCCCUAUAAUGCUUAAGUUUAUGGGAAAAAAACAAGCUAGAAAAAUGAAGAAUAUAAUUCCACCAUCCAACCUGCUCUGAGACUCAAACCUGUUUGGCCACCAAUUCUCUGGAGGUUUUCAUGUCUCCCCUCAUGGCUGUACGUUUUGACGAGAUUGUAAACAUGUUAUUACGGGGGUUACUUCUUAAUUACGUUAGAUUUUUGUCAUGAUUUACAUUUAGACUUCUGUAAGUAUUAGAAAUAGGAGCCACAAGAGGGCUUUUGUUUUAUAGAUAGAAUUAUAUAUUCACAAUAUAUUGCUAUGAUCGAAUAACUUUGAUUUAUUUUUUUGCCGUGGUUGCAUAGUGCCUCUAUGGGUUGUGUACCUGCUUAUUGGUCCGCUGAUCGGAGUCAACCAAUCAGAAGACAGACCGAUUAGGAAGGUCAUAUUACUGUAAAUUACAAACGAAGGCAGAUACAUGGGUACACACGACUCAGUUAUAAUGUUUGUUUUGUUUUUUUAAAUCAGAGCAGACUGUGACGUUACUGUACAUUCCAAAUAAACAAAAAAAGAAAUGUAUAAUUUAUUGAGAUGUCCGUUUAAAGUUUCCAAACAGGAAAUUUAUUUAAAAGAAUGAUUUGGGUUUUUUUUCCGAUGAAAGUUGUUUUGUCAUCACAGAUCAGCCUAAGGUCCAACCACUGUUCAUCUUAGUCUAAGAAUUCUGCAGGCCGACUUAAACCUUGAAAUAUUCUGGUGCAGACCCAAACCUCUCAUCACACAUCUCUAUCGAACACUCUAAACUAACAUAUUAUAGUCCCCAUUUAUUUCUUCUUAAAUCGAAAGAAACUUGGUUAUGCUUUAUUUGAAGGGGUAUGAAUAAGACUGCCUGUCAUAACCAUGAAAAAUUUAAUUAUUAAAAAAAUCGAGAUUCUCAUCCUCUGAGAUUUUAAACAGAUUCAUAACUUCCAAAUAUAGAUU